GUUCCGCCGAGUCUGGCGACAUCCCCGGGCAGUCCCCCGCCCGACUCAACACCCACAGCCACCCACACACCAGCGGGGCGAUCCCAUACAGGCCUCACCAACAGCGGCGGAGCUCAGGGCCACUCCACACACACCCCUACACCUACCCAAGUGCAUGUGGAAGUGACCGAUGGCGGGGCGGUGUCUGUGUUGAGUUUGCUGGUGGGGUGGUUGUGCGGCGCCGAGAAUCAGCGCGUGUGCUCCGAGCACGCGGUGGCGGAGUUGCUACUGGAGCUGAAGCUGCCCUUGUCAGAUCACAGCGCGGAGACGGUGUUGGGCAGUACGCAGACGCAUAUACCUACACCGGUCACACAAGCAGACACACACCCCGCCAGUGUAGAGAGUGUGGAGGACGAUGCAGCGGUUAG